GUCCCGCGGCUCAGUCCGUGCGUUCCAUGCCCAAGAGCUGCGCUCGGGAGCCGGGACGCGGAGAGACAUGGAGGAGACGGGCGCCCCGUGCGCCCAGCCGCCGUCCGCCGGCGCCCCUCGCCCGGCGUCUCCAGCCAACCUUUCGACUGCCCAGUCUCAGAACUGCAGCCAAGAGGGCUACAUCUACCAGGACUCCCUGACCCUGCCCUGGAAAGUGCUGCUGAUCUUGCUGCUGGCGCUCAUCACCCUGGCCACCACGCUCUCCAACGCGUUCGUGAUCGCCACCGUGUACCGCACGCGGAAGCUGCACACCCCGGCCAACUACCUGAUCGCCUCCCUGGCGGUCACCGACCUGCUGGUCUCCAUCCUGGUGAUGCCCAUCAGCACCAUGUACACGGUCACCGGCCGCUGGACGCUGGGCCAGGUGGUCUGCGACUUGUGGCUGUCUUCGGACAUCACCUGUUGCACCGCUUCCAUCCUGCACCUGUGCGUCAUUGCCCUGGACCGCUACUGGGCCAUCACUGACGCCGUGGAGUACUCGGCCAAGAGGACUCCGCAGAGGGCGGCGCUCAUGAUCGUGCUGGUCUGGGUCUUCGCUAUCUCCAUCUCGCUGCCGCCCUUCUUCUGGCGCCAGGCCAAAGCCGAGGAGGAGGUGUGGGACUGUGUGGUGAACACCGACCACGUCCUCUACACCGUCUACUCCACGGUGGGUGCCUUCUACUUCCCCACCCUGCUCCUCAUCGCCCUCUAUGGCCGCAUCUACGUGGAGGCCCGCUCGCGGAUCCUGAAACAGACUCCCAACAGGACCGGCAAGCGGCUGACUCGAGCCCAGCUCAUCACCGACUCCCCCGGGUCCACGUCGUCGGUCACUUCCAUUAACUCGAGGGCUGCUCCCGACGUGUCCAGUGAAUCCGGGUCUCCGGUGUACGUGAACCAAGUGAAAGUGCGCGUUUCCGACGCCCUGCUGGAGAAGAAGAAGCUCAUGGCCGCUAGGGAGCGCAAAGCCACCAAGACCCUGGGGAUCAUUUUGGGAGCGUUCAUCGUGUGCUGGCUGCCCUUCUUCAUCAUUUCCCUGGUCAUGCCUAUUUGCAAGGAUGCCUGCUGGUUCCACCUGGCCAUCUUUGACUUCUUCAAUUGGCUGGGCUAUCUCAACUCCCUCAUCAACCCCAUCAUCUAUACCAUGUCCAAUGAGGACUUCAAACAAGCGUUUCAUAAACUCAUACGUUUUAAGUGCACGAGUUGACUUUUGCCCAUUGCAUUGGGGUCCGCCUAAGCGGCCCUUAGGGACCAUAUUGUGUCUGGUUCCACAGGUAGGUCGACUCUUCUUUUGCUUACUGGGUUGAAGUGAGGUUUUCUCUCUCUUCUGGGCAAGGUCAGUGGAUCUUGUGAAGAAGCCGGGAGCACCCUGAGACACACACAGAGACAUACAUACGCAUGCACGCACGCACACAGGUGCACACGCACACACAGGGCUCUGAAAGAAGUGCUCAAACUACAGCUAGAAUUUUUCAUUCGAGGAAGAUGUCCACACUUCUCGACUCUAACCCCAGGUUCGCAGUGACCCUGCAGCAGCCAAUCACCAGGGAGCUUUGCAACUUUUCAAAAGUCAGUGACAGAACGAUGGAUUCCAGCCCUGUCUUAGUGUCAUUGAUGAUGCUCUCUAAUACGAAUGGCACUUGUAAUUCUUGUCAAAAGCCUAGAUAGAUCUACGUGCAGCCUGGCAGUACUUGAACUAGACACUUAAUACCCUGUAUUUUGGGGAGAACUUUGCGUUUCCGCUUCAUUUAAGAACAGCACUUUGGCAUCCUUCAGUCUUCAUUUUUUAAAUUCAAACUUGGUUGGAGAAACUUGUGGAAUUGGUGCUUCAAACCUUAAGUGUGGCUUAGAGGGCACAGAGAAACCUUGAAGAGUUAACAGCAAAAUUAUGAUGUUAAGAUCUCUAUUUUUGUUAUCAUUGAAACUAUAUGGGGUGGGAGGGAACAGAGAACCAACACCUAUGAUUGUUUUCUGCAGAUUUAUAAUUUUUUAUUCCUAUUUAGCAAUUAUCCGACCCCAUUUAUAACAACUCAAGCAAGACAUUAUGUGUGCAAGUGCCAAAGUCUGCAGAUUGUUUUAUAUUUUCCUCCAAAUUUCAUGUUUCAUCAUGUUUUACACAUUUAAAUCCCCAUAAAUAGAGGAUAUGAUGGGUGACUCAGCCCAAACUGCUGCUAUCUUUCUUAUUAAUAUAUUCGAUUAAACUGAUGAGUAUUAAAUAUGUACUGCUCCUAAGUAUAAAAGUAUCUUUAUUCUUUUUUCUAAUUCAGCAAGACUUAAAAGAGAAAGAUGAAAUAAGUAUGGGUCUUAUGCAAUUAAGGUAUGGGGGUAAUAGAAGGAUGUAUAUUUUUAACUUGUAAAAAAAUCUUAAAUGCAUGAAAAUUUUUUCUGAUAGUCAUUUGCACUCCCCUUCUCAUCUGUAAUUCCUUUGUGUGCUGACAUAUAAACAAGACAACUAAUUCCUUUCUCCAAAAAUCUUCAAAAUGUAAAAACUCUAAAAACUAUAUAUAAGAGGGGAGAGGGAGUGUUUCUUUUCCCUUGCUAUCAAAGUUUGAGCAGGAACAAAGGUUGUUAAACGAUAUCAUUGAAGGACUUUUUAAAAAAGCUUAGGGAUGGUAAAAUUGAGACUGUUUUCCUUGUAGAUCACAGCACCAAGCCUGAAACUUAUGAGGCAAUCAGGAAACUGAUAGAGCUUUGAAUCUUGGAAAUUUGUCACUGACCUUGUCAUCCUCCAAAUAUUAGAAAUAUAACAUCAGAAAUACUUUAAAUUUUUUGGUCCUUACAAUACUUAUUACCUCAAACGCACUGUGGAAACGCCCCAACACAGGUCAAGUCUAUAGUAAAACAUAAAAAACACAUUAUCUGAAUAAAAAGUAGUCUGAAGGAUCAUAUGCACAGACAUAAAUAUGUGGAAUAUUUAAUAUGCCAAAGAAGAUUCACAUCCCAUUCUUCAGACAGUUUUUUGCAGUUGAGACCUUUCUCUGCAGAAGCCAGUUGUCUUUGUAAAAUGGAUUCACUCCCUGCUUGAAGCUCCCCAGUCUAGACUGUCAGACAAUAGAUGUAUUGAGCUGAAGUAUACCGCAUGCCUACUCUGCAGACCUUCACUCUGAGUAUUGGCGUUUUCACUGAUGAUGUAGAAGCAAUGAUGAGUGAAACAGCAGAUGUCUUGACCCAG